AUGCUCAGACGGACUGGAAAAGCAGGCUCAUAGCGCCAUUCACCGUGCAUAGGCGAGUUGGCACAUCAUCAGCCUUCACGUCAGGCCGGCUGUCGAUGCUCUUGAGAGUUGUUCAGCUAUCAAGGCAAGCCGCAACAUGUCAUCUCUCGGUGCCCUGCAUCGCACGGUUUUCACCGCUGCAAAUUGUCCAUCUUCUCCAUCAUUCAGCAGUUCCACAAUGGCAACCAGCAUUGACUCAUCGAGAUGGGACACCACCCUCGCAUGGUCCUCCAAAAGACCCGGGAGGAGAUGGAAAGCCCUUGGAAAAAGUCGAACGUCGGCGGCAGCUGGAUCUGAAGGGUCUACAAGGACAUCAUCCGAGGAAGAGAUCGAGGCAUGCCGAGGAAGGCAUCUCGCCAUUCACAUUAAUCAUAGACGACCUCUUUCGCCGCCUUCGGUCAGACCCACGCGUGUUGGACAAUGUUCGCGAAGAGGGUGCGAAGAAGGAACUGCUGGAACAUCUCACCGACCGUGUCAAAGCUGCCGCACUGGCGCAGCUUAUGGUGCAUACGCGCAACCCGCGCCGGGCCAUUGGCGUCCUCUUAUUGGCCUACCGGUUAGGAUGCAAAUUCAAACAGAACGCGUACGAAGGCGUCGCCCAUCAGCUGGCAAGUUCGAAACACUGGCGUCUAGUUUCGUCGGUCUUUGCGAUGGGCAAACGGCAGACAGGUCGAACUACGGUCCGCAUGCUCAAUUGGCACGCUCGGGCGUUGAUGGAAACAAAAGAAUACGUAUCUCUCGACAAGAUCAUAGAGAUAUUCGAACGGGAGGGACUGCUACCGAAUCGACGAACAUACCAUAUCCUCAUAUCUGCUCACCUGCGGAAUCGAGAUAUGUUUCGUGCAAAGCAGUACUUGGCAGACAUGGAAAAGGCUGGUUUCCCUGUAGACACGUCCACGCAUGCGAUCAUCGUCUCAUCGUAUCGCCCACUGGGACCGGAUCCUGCUGUGCAAGCAAAGGCCCUAGAUGUGUUGCGCGAGGCUGCGGCUCCAUCGUCCACCGUCAUUCUAAACAGCUUAAUUCAACUGUCGUUAGACGCAGGCGACCUGCCCGCCGCUUAUCGUUACCUAAACAUGUGCAAUCAGCGUGCUCAACACGUGAAACUACGUCCUGUCGAUGGGGACGAUACCACCCAGGCAGGCGGAGAGACGCCUCGGUUAGGGUCAGAUCGUACUGGGAGACCUGAAGCGACGAGUCCUACAUCGGAGCCUAUGUACGAUGUCGUCACCUUGACGAUGAUGAUCAACCACUUGGCGAAGGAAGGUGACCUUUCUGGCAUCGCUCAUGUCCUCCAGCUUAUGGAUGUGACGAAUAUACGGCCGGAUAGCAGCAUGAUUGCUGCCUUGGUCCGGGCAUACGUCAAAGCAGAACGGCUGGACCUUGCUAUGCAGACCAUUGCUGAAAUGUGUCGGAAUCAUCCCGAACAUGAACGGCUGCGCGAACUGCUUCGUCUUGUCGGCCUGGCCAACCCAGAGCAAAAAUCGGCCUACGCUGCUGAGAAGAUAAACCCAUCGACAGAAGUAUUCAACGCUAUCCUUCCUGGCGUUCUCAAGGCUCGUGGGCUGCAAGGGAUGCGUAUCAUUCAGAGGAUCAUGCGAAUCGUUGGGGUGCAGUAUGACGAGUAUACCCUUCAGCUUCUCCUGUCAUAUUUGGACAAGGUAGAGCAUGCACGGCCACGCGAACUGAUUAGGUGGCUCAGACGACUAGAGUCUCGGGAACGGCCUGUGUCUCUGCGACAUCUUCAUACCAUCAUGCGCAUUCUGCUCCGCUGGGAGAAGAAGCAGUCUCGGUUGGGAGCCCGUGGCAAAAACAGUCCCCUGCCCAUGGAGGACCGCGAGGCACCGGAUAAUACCAUCUCGGAUGCCGUUCAAUCGUACGAUCCUGUGGCUGGGUUUGUAUUCCCCCGUAAAUUGUCAUAUAGGGCGCUGGUACGACCGCUCCUCGAAUCAUUGCAAUCCCGUGGCGUCAAGGGUGACAGGGCGGCCUUCGCGCUGAGGAUCAGGCAAGAUGCGUUGAUCAGGGCAGAUAUGGAGAUGGCGAAGCAAUCAUUUAAUGCAAUGUCUGCAAUCGAAUCGGGGACCCGGAGAAGCGUCCUCAUGUACACUAUCCUUGUCUGGGGCUAUGCUCGCCUGCGCAAACUGGCGCCGGCUCUGCGCAUGUUCCGCAGGAUCGUGGCUGCCGGCCUCCAGCCUGAUGUAGUUGCGCUGCACGUGCUGGCGCAAGCAUUCAUCGCUGCCAAAGCUCGUGGGCACGCGCGUCGUUUACUCCUGCAAUUGUGGCCAACCGUCGCCACGUUCUCAGAUGAGUUGCAGAACGCGUCGCUUGAAGAGCUCAUGUCGAAACUGGCCUCUCUCAGCGAGAGCGGUGUUCGCACCCGGGAACGGUAUUCCAAGCAACGACAACGGAUGCUUCGUUGGAAGGUACUGAGGAUUAUACAACGUUGGCAGUGGUCUCUGCCAAGGGGCAGGAGACGGCGCGAGAAAACCAGGCCGACACAUGAUGUAGCGAUACAAACGAAGGACGUUGUCCAGCAAUGAGAGAUUCACUCAGAACCAUGGGGGGAACAGUAAGAGUACAGGCAGUA